AUGGAUGAGAAAUUUGUGGAUGCGAAUCUUGCCAGGAAACGGCAGACGCGAGCUCGACGCCUCAAAAGCUGGAGCCUACUGUCAGUGACGGCACUUUUAGGAUUCCUGAUUCUUUUCAACCGCAACGGCCGACUUCCGCAGUGGCGACCAUGGCGACACUGCCGCCAUCACUCUCCCGGUGAACCCGGCCACCGAGAUGAUCAGCUGUGGCAAUCAUGCGGAGAUCUCCAUGGCAGUCCACUCCAGUGCGGUACCAUCGAAGUACCGAUGGACCAAUUCAACUCCACAAACUCAGGAAACAAAAUCUUCACCAUACCACUUAUCCGUAUGCGUGGCAAGGAGGGAAGUCCAAACCUUCUUCUCAACCCGGGUGGACCGGGUGGGAGUGGCUUUGAUUUCUUGAGCCGCCGAGGCGAUGUUAUCAAGGCCCUGGUCGGUGACGGCUUUCACCUCGUCUCGUUUGAUCCCCGCGGCGUCAAUCGCUCGACGCCCACAUCGUCUUGCUACCCCGAUGCCAAAACGCGACAAGACCUAUCGUACAUUCGAGCCAGCGACGCCGUGCGAGAUGGCGCUGAGGUAUAUGCGUGGUCGCAGAACUUCGGUAAAGCCUGCCCGGAUACAAUGGGUGAAUAUGGCGAAUACAUCAACACUCCGCAGACGGCCGCCGAUAUGAAUAGCAUCUUGGACGCGCUUGGCCAAGACGAUAUGUACUACUGGGGUUUCAGCUAUGGUACUAUCCUUGGGCAGACGUAUGCAACCCUCUUCCCUGAACGUUCCAAGCGUGUUAUUAUCGAUGGUGUAGCGAAUCAAUUCGAUUGGUAUGACGCCCAUUUCGACCAGGAGUCACUGGCCGACACUGACUCUGUGCUGGACGGCUUCUUUGACGAGUGCAUCAAGGCAGGUGCCAGGAACUGCACGCUGGCAUCUCUCGCGGCAUCCAAAGAGGAGCUCAGCAACACAGUGAUCUCUUACUUGGAGACACUUCGAAAUAAGCCAAUUAGUGUUUACAUCAACAACACCGCUUACGGCUCACUCGACUACGACAAGGUCUUGUACAACGGCAUUUUCCCGGCCCUGUACAAACCUGCAACGUGGUUUACUCUAGCUGACAAUUUGUACAAACUUAUUCAAGGAAACGCCACGGAUGCUUUCUUGGCGUACGGCUCUGAUUCAAGCGAUCGCGACGAGUCAAACAAGUUUGUCACGCUAAAUGACGGCAUCAGUGGCCCCAAACACUGGCCACAGGGUAGACAGCCACUGCUUGAUAAGAUCGAGCCCUGGCUCAACCAAAGCCGCUUCAGUGGUGGCACUCUCCCGGGGUAUUACCUGAAACAGCAUUGGAGUGUGCCAAAGACCCAUUCAUACGUUCCAGGCAAAGGGGUGAAGACAGUACACCCGCUGUUGAUUCUCUCAACUACCUAUGACCCCGUUUGUCCGCUUAUUUCAGCCCGCUCUGCCAACGAGGCUUUCGUCGGCUCGCAGAUUGUCGAGAUCAAAGGAUAUGGGCACUGCUCUGUUGCAGUAACAUCCGUCUGUGCCACGAAACACGUGCGAGCAUUCUUGUAUGAGGGCAAACUUCCCGAGACAUACACGCAGUGCGAGGUGGAUUCGCCAUACUUCAUCAGGCCAGACGAUGGCGACCAGGUCACAGCCCAAAUACACUUUGAGGACCCAGAGGAUGAAAAGAUCCAUCUUGCGCAGUUGGCACUUGCGAGAGACCCGGAGUUCCCUGGGCCAUUCAAGCGUUGA